AAAUAAAUGGCCUUAGUUCGACUUUUAGGUGCCUAAGACAUUUGCACAGUACUGUUUGUUAUAGUUUACAUUCAGCAGGUAUGACAUGGACCACUCAUAGAAAACAAUUUGAGUGAAAUCGCCUGUGAAUAUAGGAGAUAGAAAAUGUUUUACCUGACAUCACCUACAAAAGGGCUUAGGACAGUAAUAACAGGCUUAGGCUGGAGUGUGGAUCCUCUGUGAGCCAGGGCACUGAACAGGAGCCACAACCAGACAACCAAGAAAAUGGAGGGAACAGCAAGAGAGGAGAAAGGAGGAAAGAGCCAAAGUGAAGGAAGGAAGUACACUUUGGUGGUAAAUCCCAAAUGAACCACUGCCCCUCCACUCUACCCUUGGCCCUCCAUCUGGGCCUUCACAUGUCUCCAGUCAUUGGUUCAAGUGUCUCAAAGAUGAAGAAGCAAAAAUGGUCACGGGCGCAAGGGGCUAAUUAGACCCUCCAGUGCCUCCUUCCCUUCGAGCCAGCAAUGUUGCAGUCACCACUUCCUGCAAAGUGGAAUCCCAUAAGGGAUUGCAUUAUAUUAGCUUCUGCAAUGUCACACCAAAGAAGGGUAAGCAUACCAGAUUAUGAGCAUUGUGUAUUUGUUUACUUCUGAUUUAGAGACUUGACCCCUGCACAAAAUGAAAUAUCUCCUAUGAAAUGUUCAAAUGUUAAUGAGGUUUAUUUGUUCAAAAACAAUAGGAUGGAAUACAUUUGAAUUUCAUUCCAGUUAAAAGCGGACCUUGAAUUGUGUCAAUCAAGUCAGAAGAGUGCUUCUGAAGUUGAUGUGUUUUUAAACCCCUAGCCAUUCUGUAGAAGUCACCUUCGGAGUUUCAUCAGAAACAUGUCACCAUGAAGGGGACUGGGGCUGGAUUGGGAUUUGCUGUGCCGGAGAAUCAGGAAAAAGCACAAUCGUCAAACAGAUGAAAAUUAUCCAUCAAGACGGUUACAGUCUGGAAGAGUCUCUGGAGUUCAUUACCAUCAUCUACAGCAACACCCUUCAGUCCAUCAUGGCCAUCGUAAAGGGCAUGACUCAACUCAACAUCAGCUAUGGUGAUACUUCUGCUCAGGACGACUCCAGGAAGCUCAUGCACCUGGCAGAUACAAUAGAGGAGGGGACCAUGCCCAAGGAGCUGUCUGACAUCAUUCUCCGGCUGUGGAAGGACACUGGUAUCCAGGCAUGCUUCGACAGGUCCUCGGAGUACCAGCUGAACGACUCAGCUGGAUACUAUCUGAAUGACUUGGAGAGGCUGAUCCAGCCUGGAUAUGUUCCCACUGAGCAGGACAUGCUGCGAUCUCGAGUGAAGACCACUGGUAUCAUAGAGACCCAGUUCGGUUUAAAAGACCUCAACUUCAGGAUGUUUGACGUGGGUGGCCAGCGCUCAGAGAGGAAGAAAUGGAUCCACUGUUUUGAGGGGGUGACCUGUAUUAUAUUCAUUGCUGCUCUGAGCGCAUACGACAUGGUGUUGGUGGAGGACGAUGAAGUGAAUCGAAUGCACGAGAGUCUCCACCUGUUCAACAGUAUCUGCAACCACCGGUACUUUGCUGCCACCUCUAUUGUACUCUUCCUCAACAAGAAAGAUGUUUUCACUGAGAAGAUCAAGAAGGCUCACCUAAGCAUGUGCUUCCCCGAUUACGAUGGCCCCAACACGUACGAGGAUGCUGGUAACUACAUAAAACUCCAGUUCCUGGAUCUCAACUUGCGACGAGACAUCAAGGAGAUCUACUCACACAUGACCUGUGCUACAGACACAGAGAACGUCAAGUUUGUGUUUGACGCUGUAACUGAUAUCAUCAUCAAAGAAAACCUCAAAGACUGUGGGCUCUUCUAGGAGACAUAUAGUUUCAGUUUACAACCCCCCACCCCACCAUUCAAACUUUGGGCACCGAUCUCCUGAAGAAGACCAGACUAAUGGGACCAAGAUGGGCAAGUUUCUGCAAGCUGCCUUUCAAAAGAGAACACCACAUACAGACACUCACACAGACAUUAUUGGAACACAGCAUAACCAAAGACAUUCAGUUCAUUUGAGACCUGGAACAGGAACUCUGAGGUUUAAUGUCAAAGAGAAUCUAAUCUGUACAGAACUGUUAACUCAUAGUCAAACUUGAAAUAGGAAAUCCUCUUCAUUACAGCGCUAUGCAAACUGUAGUUGAAAGGUCAACACUUGUCAGCAAGUGCUUCUCUUCCCAGACAGUAUAUGUGAAUAGCUGUCGAUUGGCGCUUCAGUAACAGCCCGGGGACUAGCCGGAAACAAGACGGCCACAUCAGCAGACACACUUCAACCUGUAUUACAAAACGUUACAAUACCCAUUCAUCUGUGAAAUUGGUUUGUAUGUAUAGAUAUAAGGCAUUCUGAAUUCACAAUAAACGCUGCAUGUCACACCGAUCAGAAAUGACCUUUCAAUUGCUCUCUGGAGCAGAUCUUUAGCACUACGGACUGACUCAACACCAAACUAUAAGCAUAGAGGGCGCAAUGGGAAGGCCCUAAAAGCAGAAGGGUAACUUGUAUGUAGAAUUAUUAACUGAUAAGUGACUGGCUAGUAAUGAUGCCGUACUCUAACGUCUGUGAAAACCUGGUCACAAAAUAAUUUGAAUAAAUUAGGUCUUUAGGCCACACAUCCUGUACAGAAAUGAAGAAAUAUGUGUAUCAGAAAUUAAGAUAUUAAAGCUUCUUUAGAAAACAAA